GCAACUUCAUUACCUUGGUAAAUUAUAGAGUGAAAUAAACCCGGGAAUGUGUAAAAUAAAAUCUAUUUUCCACCCACCGAGACAGCUGCAACUUUCCUUGCUAUUGGGUUUGUCCUUGUUUUAGAUAUUAUCAUCAGCCGCCAGACUCAGAUAUCCAUCUCUCUAUCUUGUGAUCGUCAACGUCGACGCGCCAUUCUCAAAAACCUAGCUUCAAUAUCUUUCCACUCUAGCGCACAUUUUGGUUGCCCCUCAACAACAACAACAACAACACAAUGGCCGCUCUUGGUGAGGAUUUACUUGGGAUAGUUAACAAGCUGCAAGAUCUUGUCUUUAAUACUAUUGGCAAUGAUAGCUUGGAUCUGCCACAGAUUGUAUGGUAUUCUUCUCCACGAGUUGCCAAACCUGGCACUGAUAUCAUUUUUAGGUAGUCGUUGGUUCUCAAUCUUCUGGAAAAUCCUCUGUACUCGAGAAUAUUGUCGGUCGAGAUUUUCUUCCCCGUGGCAGUGGGAUCGUUACCCGCAGACCCCUCAUUCUGCAACUCAUCAAUGUACCAUCAGAGGACGAAGAUGCACCGGAAGCACAUACAGCAGCCAGUGUAGCUACACAACCAGAAUGGGCCGAGUUCCAUCAUAUUCCCAAUCGAAGAUUUACAGAAUUUCAAGAUGUGAAAAGGGAAAUCGAGAACGAAACGGCGAGAAUAGCAGGAAAUAACAAGGGGAUCAACAGAUCGCCUAUCAACCUUAAGAUUUACUCGCCGCACGUUCUAAGCUUGACCUUGGUGGAUCUGCCAGGUCUAACCAAGGUAAGUCGCCGUCAUCCUGUGUGUGAGAGGAAGAUAAGAUUUUGACUUUUUUUUGCAGGUUCCUAUCGGAGAUCAACCCACAGAUAUUGAAAAGCAGACCCGAAAUCUGAUAUCGGAAUAUAUUGCGAAGCCAAACAGUAUCAUUUUAGCUGUAUCCCCAGCAAAUGUCGAUAUCGUGAACUCUGAGGCUCUAAAACUUGCCAGACAUGUCGAUCCUCUUGGCCGAAGAACUAUUGGAGUUCUUACAAAAAUAGACCUUAUGGACCAUGGCACGAAUGCUAUGGAUAUUCUGUCAGGAAGGGUAUAUCCUCUAAAGUUGGGUUUCAUUGGUGUUGUCAACCGGUCACAACAAGAUAUCCAAGGCAAUAAGAGUCUUUCCGAGGCAUUGAAGUCAGAAGCGGACUUUUUCAAACACCACCCUGCAUACCGAAAUAUGGCUAACCGAUGCGGAACCCAAUUCCUGGCGAAAAGUCUUAACACUACUUUGAUGGCACAUAUCCGAGAAAGAUUACCAGACAUCAAGGCUCGGUUGAAUACUCUCAUGGGACAAACACAACAAGAGCUUGCUAGUUAUGGGGACAUGCACUUCAGCGGCAAGGAGCAUAAAGGUGCAUUGAUUCUGCAAUUGAUGACUAGAUUCGCAUCUUCUUUCAUCGCAUCCAUUGAUGGUACCUCGACGGAGAUCUCGACUAAGGAGUUAUGUGGAGGAGCCAGGAUAUACUACAUCUUCAAUUCUGUAUUUGGAAACUCAUUAGAGACUAUAGAUCCAACGACAAAUCUUUCCGCGCUAGACAUUCGAACAGCCAUACGAAAUUCGACCGGUCCACGACCUAGCUUAUUUGUACCCGAGCUCGCAUUUGAUCUUUUGGUCAAGCCACAAAUCAAGUUACUCGAAGUUCCUAGUCAAAGAUGCGUGGAACUUGUCUACGAAGAGCUCAUUAAGAUAUGCCACACCUGUGGCUCGACCGAACUUACCAGAUUUCCCAGACUCCAGACCAAGCUCAUCGAAGUGGUUUCUGACUUGCUACGAGAGCGUCUUGGCCCGGCAUCUCAAUAUGUGGAGUCUCUUAUUUCCAUUCAAAGAGCAUACAUCAACACAAAUCAUCCAAAUUUCCUAGGCGCAGCUACAGCCAUGAGUAAUGUUGUUUCUAACAAACAGGAAAAGGAGAGAAGGAAGCUGAUACAAGAAGAAAAGGAGAGAAAGGAGCACAGACGCCGAAAAGAGCUCGAGGCUGUGAAUGGAGGUGAUACCCUGGAAGAAGGAGAAGAUGCUGUUCCAGAGAAGCUUGAGAACUUACCGCAGCGGAAACAUCUUCAGAAAACUUCUCGAAGCAUGUCACCUGCAAUCCGUGAAAACGGUACAAGCGCGAUGGUAUCAUCAAUGAACGGCCUACGUGGAGGAUCACCGCCCAGGUUCAAUGGUCAAGCGGCUGGCGGUGCCCGUGAUUCGUUCUUGAAUUACUUCUUUGGCAAAGAUGGCGGUUUACCAGGUGGAGCAGGCAUUCCACAAGCAGCUUCAUCUGCGCAAAUGAUGGGUAACCCUAACCUUGGUAGACACGUGAGCCAAAGCGCGGAACCAAGUAUCACACAAAGUAUUAGGCGGCAGGAGGAACGUCCUGUACAAAGAACACCUGCCCAGCAAGCUCGUGAAGAUGAUUACGAGCUUGGUCGUGCACAAAGAGAUUACAACUAUGAUUCUCCAUUCGUAAGUUUCCAUUCAUUCUCCAAUCCCCACACAUACUAUAAAUCCGAACUAACACUAUCCCUAGGGUAAUAACUCGGAACCAGCACUUACAGAACGCGAAGCGAUGGAGACUGAACUCAUCCGCGCUCUUAUAUCCUCAUACUUUAACAUCGUUCGCGAAUCAAUAGCAGACCAAGUUCCAAAAGCCGUUAUGCAUCUACUAGUCAAUCACUCCAAAGAUGUAGUGCAAAAUCGUCUGGUUAGUGAAUUGUACCGCGAAGAUCUAUUCAGCGAAUUACUUUACGAAGAUGAUGCCAUCAAGAAAGAGAGAGAAAAGUGCGAAAAGUUGUUGAGAACGUAUAAGGAAGCUGCGAAGAUUGUAGGAGAAGUGGGAAUGUAAAGCGUUUGGGAAAGAGCAAUGAGAGCACGAAAUAAAAUGGAUUUAGAUGGAUGUGACGAUGACACGCAAUGCAAUUUCAUGACCUGCUCAUGAUGGUUUUGGUGGAUGGGCACAAAAGGGGUAGGUGAUAGGAUAGGUGAUGGAUAUGUAAAGAAACGCCACGAGAUUCAAACUUGUAGAUUACACUGCUCCGACACAGCCUGCGCGUCGCACCUUCUGGACCUUCUGGAAUGAAGAACGAACUGUAAUUUUCUUUCCUUCUUCAUCGCUAUCUCUACAUCACUGUACUCUAUGCCAAUCAGCCGUUAGUUACUUGGCGAGUGGACGGACCCCUUGAUCUUCUUCCUGAUUAUACACCGUAUACACUGUAUGCAUGCAUAUAUUCAUAUGACAAAUACUUAUUAUUACUUAUUUACUUUGCUCCCUUUU